GUCUCAAACCGUACCGACCUUUUAUCAGCCUAAAGGUAUCUUCACGCACGACUGGAUAGGCCUUUUAGAUACGCUUGUCCAAGGCCCAAGACAUAAAGUUGCCUGAAAGCUGUGUAGCAAUAAUUCCUGCUCCUGACCCAUAGGAUGGUAAUCACAUACAUGAUUGGCUUAAUCAAGAAUCAUGGAUACCUUUCAUAACUCAUCACAAGUUGGAACUAGUGGUCAACAUUGGGACAAUGCAGCCCAAAAUAACAGGGCUGAAUAUUUUCAUGGAGUGAGCAAGACCUGCCAGCAGAGCUCACUGGAGCAGGGAGACAUCCCAUCAUCCUUUUGGCGCCUGACAAAAUCAUGACAGUAACCGAAGUUGCUGUGCAGAGGGAGGAGAACGUCCGAGCAUCAAGCCUCAUCCCGUCACAGAGGAAGGGUAUCCUCCAAACAGCCAGUGUCCCUUCACAGAGGGAGGGGAUUCUCUCAGCCGCCAGCAUCAAUGCACAGAGGGAGGAGAUCCUCCAAUCAUCAGGCCUCAUCCCUGCACGGAGGGAGGGGAUCCUCCAAACAGCCAGUGUCACUGCGCAGAGGGAGGAAAUCGUCCCAAUGGCCAACGCCCCUGCGCACAGGGAGGGGAUUGUCCCAAAGGCUAGUGUCCCUGCUGAGAGGGAGGAGAUCCUCCGAGCAUCAGGCCUCAUCCCUGCACAGAGGAAGGGGAUCCUCCAAACAGCCAGUGUCCCUGCACAGAGGGAGGGGAUUCACCAAACAGCCAUUGUCCCUGCACCGAGGGAGGGGAUUCUCCGAGCAGCUAGCAUCACUGCGCAGAGGGAGGAGAUCCUCAGAGCGUCAGGCCUCAUCCCUGCACAGAGGGAGGGGAUCCUCCAAACAGCCAGUGUCACUGCGCAGAGGGAGGAAAUCGUCCCAAUGGCCAACGCCCCUGCGCACAGGGAGGGGAUUGUCCCAAAGGCUAGUGUCCCUGCUGAGAGGGAGGAGAUCCUCCGAGCAUCAAGCCUCAUCCCUGCACAGAGGAAGGGGAUCCUCCAAACAUCCACUGUCCCUGCACAGAGGGAGGGGAUUCUCCGAGCAGCUAGCAUCACUGCGCAGAGGGAGGAGAUCCUCAGAGCAUCAGGCCUCGUCCCUGCACAUAGGAAGGGGAUCCUCCGAGCACCAGUCCUCAUCCCUACAAAGAGGGAGGGGAUUCUUCCAGCAGCUUCUAUCACUGCGCAGAAGAAUAAGAUCCUCAGAGCAUCACAACUCACCCCUGCACAAAGGGAGUUGAUCCUCCAUAUGACCAGUGUCACUGCGCAGAGAAAGGGAAUCCUCCCAAAGGCCAGCGUCCCUGCGCACAGGGAGUGGAUCGUCCCAAAGGCUGGUGUCCCUGCAGAGAGGGAGGAGAUCCUCCUCACAGCCAGUGUCCCUGUGAAGAAUGAAAACAAUCACCCACAACCACCUCCCAUCAUCCCCAUGGUGGCACCACUGUGGAAAUGGGAUGGUGGAGUGUGUACUCCACCUGUGGAUUUCUAUUCCAAGAGAAGAGGUCACUUAACCUUACCUAAUUAG